CUUGACGUGACGCGGCAGAGGAGAACACGAACUCAACUACACAGCCCGAAAGAAAAAACCAACCACAACCAACAACAUCAACAAACAUGGACAAGAAUCUCAAGAGGAAAUCACCAGAAGCAGAGCAGCAGGAAGAAGAGGAAGGACAAGAAGGAAAACUGGAGAAGGAAGAACAGGAACACACUCUAUCUCAACAAAAGAAACUCAAAACCGUCCACCCUACUCCACCAUCAACCCAGAACCAAUCCAAGUCGGUCGUCGAAUUAGAUAAAUCAAAACCAAGCUUACUCAUCAAACAGAGACCCAUCGAGCUAUGCGAAGUCAGCAAUCAGAUCAAAAAGAACUUAGUUGCUGUUACCGAGGAACUCGAAUCGUAUCGUUCAUCAAUACUGGAACUAUCUCCAAGUCAGAAUAAUCUAAUUGCUUGUCUAGUACACGAAUCGGACCGAACACUACCAGAACUAACAAAAUAUGUCCACUCAAAACUGUUACCGCAAAGUAAACUACUCAUUGAUGAAGAUGCAGAAAAACCAUUUGAUCCUUUACCAUUAUCAGUUGUCGAAUCCUCGAUCAACCAGGUCGCAAAACGUGUCAACUAUGCUCCCAGUCAAGCUGAGCUCGAUUGGCUCCCAACAAAUUUACCCAAAGGCUUCCAGAUCUGGAGGUGGGAGUGCAACGAGCAAGAUACAGCAAUUCCUUAUGACUUGAAAGACAUCUCACAGAAGAGAUGGGCAGAACGACAACUAAUUAAGCCGCAGGCCUUGGCGAUCCUUUCCGGCUUAAGUUCUUCCGAAAGAGAAGCGUUGAUCAAAAAAUUAAACCCGGUCAAGCGCAAGGGAAAAACUAACACAGAUACUCCAGCUGCUACACCCAUUCGGCCUCCAAAGGAAGCCAAACCUAAAACCCCCAAUCCCUCUCAGGAAAUCAGAUCGUCGACCCAAAACAGUCCAACGACCCCGAAACCCAACCAGUCGCAUAGAGCAGGCAGCAAAGAGACAGGUGAAAAGGUUUUGACGGAAAAGGAAUUGAUCAAGCAGCAAAAGGAACAAAAACGGAAAGAUAAGGAAGAGGCGAAACUGGCUCAAGAGAGACAGAAGCAGAAAAUGGGGAACCUGUUGAGUGGCUGGAUAACCAAAGCUACUCCAACCAACAAGAACACUCAAGCCUCCACGUCGUCCAACGCCAAAGCGACCAGUCAAUCCGAGGGGAUCGAAAUCACUGCCUGGUUCAAGAAUGGGAUCAAACAACCAGUCGAUAAGGCGUCCAUGUCAGAUUUUGAGAAGACCUUUAAACCUUUCAAUCUCAAGCCCAAUGUCCAAUUGGCUCCGAUCAAUCGCUUUCGACCUCCUGGCGGAUCAAAUACUAACAAUCAACAAUCUCUAGGUACCACCGCAUUAACUCCAAAAGAAUGUCUAGAACAGUACUUGAAAUCAGUACGCCCGACGUCUCGAAGUGGAUCGAAACAGAAACUGAUGACGAUCAGAGAAAUCGUCAAUGGGAUCGCAGAAAGCGAACUGAGUGGUUGUGUCGAGGAUACCAAAAAAUGGCGGAGAGCGUUGCAAAAUCGAUCUGUGGUACCGGUCAAAGUUCUGAGGUUUCACGAGGAUGUCCGACCUGGAUACAUUGGUACAUGGUGCAAAACAUCCAGACUGGUCAGUGGACGGAAUCCAUUUGGAAAAGACACGUGUUUACUGGAUUAUGAAUAUGAUAGUGAAGCGGAUUGGAAUGAAGAGGAUGGAGAAGGGGAAGAUUUAGAGCAAGGAUCGGAUGGAGGGAACGAUGAAGGCGGGGAUGGGAUGUCCUCGGAACUAGGAGAAUCUGAUGAGGAUGGAUGGUUGGUCGGAGAUGACGAUGAUAUCGAGAUGGUUGAUGAUGGCGAGAAUCAUGCGAGCAAUCGUGCACUCGACUUCCAAGUCGAUGAAAAUCAGCUCCCCGGCAAGCAGAACAAGAAGAUCAGCGGCCCUACGCGUAGGAAGAUCGUCGGGCCUCUCAUCCCAGUUGUCAAAGGUCCAAUCUGGGAAGGUACUCUUGGAGUCGUCUCGACUUCGAUUUUUGGAUGUUUUCAAAUCCAGAUGAUUAAUGAUGCACCGAUCGGAUUGAACCCAUUCACUUAUGAGCCAAAGACGGUCGCCAAAGUUACCAAUCGACCUAAGCUUUCGACGGUUGCGUUAAAAUCCGGUCCAGCGGUGUUGCCCCUUCCAGCCCACCUUACAAGCCAAGCAGAAAUAGAGGGGAAGUCAAAUCCGACGAACGCAAGAACAAUCAUCCCGCCACCGCCGACGAGCGGUGAUCACUCCUUAGACCUCGAAAACCAUCCACAUACACAAGGCCAGCAACAGCAGCCACACCAACUGAACAUUAACAAUAGUAACACAGGGACGUUCCCACUCGAGUUGAUCCCCCAACUGAUCAAACUUGUCAACGGGAACCGCAAGGCUAAGCCGAUCUUGAUAGAAGAUCUCAAGAACGAAUUCCUGGCUAAUAAUCAACUCAAAGUCUCCAAAAGGUCCAUCGAACAGACCCUCAACUCGAUUGCGGUUAAGGUGGCGGGCACGUGGAGAAUCGUCGACCUCAAUACGAACCCUCUUAACCCUCCUCCUUCAUCUUCUUGAUCCUAUUUCUCCUUUUCCUUGUUUUUUAUCCUCAAAAUGUGAUUUUUUUCCUCAAAAAAAAGUGUUUGAAAAUCAAAUUUUGGCCUGCCAUGAUCGUAUUCUUUUCUCUAUCACCCCCUGUCUAAACUUCUGGAACACUCUUCUUCUUCUUUAUAUUUUAUCCUCUGAGUCUAUAAUCAUAUCACAUAUAUACAUAAAUAGCUUUUAGCUCAGCUUGAAAUGAAUGAUCGUUGGUUAUAAAUCAGAUCUACUUCUCAUCGUUGCUUUUUAUUUCCGCAUCUUGAUUCCCGCUGUGUUACAUCUU